UUUCCCCGGGGCUGCGAAGGAAAGAGGGAGGCAUUUCUAGAGCGGGGUGGCUGGGAGGAAGGCUGAGACCAAGCGGGGCGGCGGCGGCGGCUCCGUUUUGGGGAAGGGAAGUUUAAAAAUGUACGGGAAGAGGGUUGAAUUCAACCUUAUGGAACCGAAGGGAAUCGGGCUACCAUGGGUGUGUUUGUGUUGCGUUUGCGGGAAGUGAGGUUGCGAGGGCCGAGCGAGGUUUAGCUACAAGCCCAGCGGUGGCGGAGGAGGAUUUGCGUGUGAACCAUGACAGCAGCAGGAAGCGGCAAUGGUUUUGGCACCACAUCUUGGUGGGGCUUUUCUCCAGCACUUGACCUACAGGCCACAUAGCCAUUUCACUUUCCCAACAGGUCUGGAGGCCUCUAUGGAACAUCUGCAGCUGUCCCAGGAUGGUAUUCCCGAACUGAACAUCCUGCUAGUGGGAUCAGUAGACGGCCGUCAUAUCCUCAAGACAAUGAGUCAGGCGCACCGGUGGCCACGGCGGAAAAUCAAUUUCUACGUGCUGGAGAACAAUCUGGAAGCCCUGGGUCGGCAGCUGCUGUUUCUGAGUCUGGCUGUGGAGCCUCUAGAGAAGAUGGGGCUGCAAGAGAAAAGUGAGACGUUCUUGGAGCUGAUGGGGAACACACUGCUCCGAGGCCAAACAGCUGCUUAUCUGCAGGAGAAGGCAAAGCUCUUCAUCCGCUAUGUCACAGACCCCGAUUUCCAGCAAGCUCAUCUGCCCCUCGUUGACUUGUCUGCCCUCAAGUUCAAGGAGAGGGACCAGCUGGAGGCCAUCUUCAAGUUCUGGCGGAAUCCUGACCCGCAGACUUUCCAGAUCAAGCAGCUCUGGGAUCUGCGACUCCGGCAGUACCUGGGGGCCCGCUAUGACUCUCGCCGUGGGGUGUGCGACUGGGACCUUAAUAUGAAGCUGCAUGAACAUGGGGCCAAGGUGAUAAACUUCCGUGAGUUUUACCGGUGGCGGGACACAGGCAUGGCCUUUGAAAUGCGGGAAGCCCCCUACGACAUCCCCAACAAGACCUUGGCAUCUGGCCGCCUCCUCAGACAUAAAGGGGAACGAAUACCAGCACGGGGAUAUUGGGGAGACGUAGCCACAGGCCCCUACAUCAUUUUUGGGAUUGAGGCAGAAGAUCCCAGCCUGCUGAAAACGACCAAUGGCAUCCCCAGUAAGAGUUCCCAGGAAAUCUCCUUGCACAAUGUCACUGCCCUGUUGUAUGAACUCAGCUAUAACACUCGCUAUGACCCAUCAGCACCCUCUGAUGAGGAGGGAAUUAGUGGCAACUUGCAGGGGGCUGGUGACCAUUCCAAGCUGGGUGUUAACGGUGGCCCUCCUUCCGUAGAAGAUGCCAGAGUCUGCUUCUUGCCUCUCAACUGCCUGCCUGAUCUCCACCACAAAGGCAAAUACCAACAGCUCUUCAAUCUCAUAUUCGUCUCUUGCAGCAUGGUGCAUGUCCUAAAACCAAAUGUCAAUCUGAUUGCAGCCCCGAAAGCCACUCUUAUUGUUGAGCUGACAAACUUCCUGCCUGACCUCCACAAGGAGCAGGUCUCUGUGUUCUCCUCUCAAGUAGCCAAACAAGUGGCUGAGGCAGGAUUUGUUCCAGUCCAAGCAGCAGACAAGAAACCCUUCUCCUUGUUCCAACUUGGGCAUCAGGAGGCUGGAGAGAUCUGUAAUGAGUUCCCUGCGCUCGAGAUGACAACACCCGGUCCCUGAGGUUCCCCCCUCUGUACACUAGUUUCCUUCAUAACCAUUAUUUUUAAAAGAAAAAUAAUUAGUUUCAGACGUGAGUUUCUUAUGGAAUCGGUACAGCUCAGUCACGCAAGCUUUUCUUUUCUUUUUUACAUUUAACCUUGCUGUGGAAAAUCCAAGAAGUAAAAACGAUGCAUUAUGCAUGCACAGUCACUGCUGCUAUAGAAGCUCAUCAGUGUUUGGGUUUUUUUUGGUGGGCCAGUUGUCAUGUGUGUAGUGGCAUUUCAGCGGUUGCUUUCGGGGACGCCUGCUUUCGUUUGCUCCUUAGCUGAGCUGUUUUGUUUCCAGCGACUCCCCAAUACCAGAAAAGUUCAUUUCCGCCCAUUGCUGUGUCCUGGUGGGACUUUUGAUAUAAAAAAUAAUAAAAAUAUUGUAAAGGGU